UCCUCUUCCCUUUCUUCAUCGUCGACGCGUGAUCUCUACCUCAAGUGGAGGGCUUUCCAGUCGUCUUUUCGGCAGUCUCCGGCUCGCCCGGGUCACCGGCGUAGAGUGGGAAGGCCCCGCCUCGGGCCACAUUCGUGACUGGCGCACGAUGUAUAAAACUGUUGAAGGCUGUUUCAGCGGCGCCCAGUCACCCACCGAGCUCCGCCACAGCAGGUCGCCAUGCAGAAGUUCAUCCUCCUCCUGAGUGUGGCGACGCUGGCCUCCUGCGGCCGUCUAAACCGUUAUGGCAGCAGCAGCGGCGGCGGCGGCGGUGGCGGCGGGUACGGCAGCGGUGGCGGCGGUUUUGGUUUUGGUUUCGGCAGCGGGUACGGUAGCGGCGGAGGCGGAGGUGGCGGUGGAGGCGGUGGUUUCCAUAGUAACCCAGGGUACAACAACGGCGGCUACAACAACCGCCGUCACAACACCGGAGGUUUGAUCAACGCCGGUCACAGCUCGAGCGCAGGAUACGGAGGAAGCAACUCGAACCUCCUCGGGGCCAACGGAGCCGGGAUCUUCCACGGAGGAAACCAGGGCGGAUACAACAACGGUCUCUCGCACGGAGGAGGUCUCUUCGGAGGCCUCUCCCACGGCAGCACGGGAGCGGUCAGCAACCAGUUCGUAGGCCUCUUUGGCGGAGGUUCCGCUACUGGAAAUGCCGCGGGAAAUGUGGUUUCUGGACAGACUAGCGGCCAUGGGACGACGUCUUCCGUGACGUCGAUCAGCGCCGUAGCUGGGGGCUCGGCUUCGAACGGGGGUAUCAGCCAGAACUCCGCGCAGGCCAGUAACCUGCAGAGCAGCGGCCUGUUUGGUCAGCUCUCCCACUCCAACACGGAAGCCGUGUCGAACCAGUUCAGUGGCUCCGCCUACCAGCAGCCCACGUACUACCACUGACACCUGCCGCCGCCAGGGGCACUAGGCGUCGGUCGAGCUGGUGCUGCCACCUACCGGCUACCUGUGUACUUCCAGUGGCGGCUGCCGCCGCUAGGGAAGUCGUUACGAAAAGCAGACUGUCUUCAGUUGACAGGGCAUCAAUAAAAAUACUCAUUCGAAGGGUAUCUUUCACCAACAGAAAGUGAAAAGUGUAAACGCGUUGAUCAUUCUGUUAUCUAAUUGUAACAAGCCAUGCCAAUAUAUGACUUGAUAAGGGCCGGUA